AUGGAAAGCAAUAAAAAACCAACGAAAAAUGUUCGAGUUGAUAAUGAAGACGUCGAUAUAAUAGAAAUGACACUUUCAUCAAUCAAGAGAGUCCCACAAACAACUGAAAAAGCAGAAAAGACUGUUUUCCGGAAACAGACUCGUCGAAAGCUUCCCCCAAAGAAAACGAUGGAGUUCACCCAUCGCCGUCAGAGAAUGAAGCGAUUUGUUGAAGAAGUUCAAGAUCUCCCACGACCAGUGAUUUAUCGAAUGAAAGGAUUGAGUACCGCGGAACUUAAGGAGUUUCACUCGAAACGGUCACGCGUGACUCGUCAAAUCGCAAGUCAUAAAAUCAGACAGUUUCAUUUGGAAGGCGAGAACACCAAAAUCGAAGACGUGUCGGAGAAAUCACUGGCGGAAACUAUUGACAGUUAUCUAGAAGAAUCCAGGAAGUACAUGCAGAAGUCAACCAGAUUCUACGAUCACAUGUUAGCUACAGCUGUUGAGUAUGACCAGACAGUGAAGAUGUUACACUUCGGACGGACAAUGAAGAAACAUUCUAGCAAGCAGAAACGAAUAAAAUUUCAAGGUUCUUGGUGGUUCUGUCCGAAGAAAUACCGAACGAAUAAGCGUCCGAAGGGGUUCUUCAAGGAACCGAUGGGCCGUGUUUUCAAGAUUUCCGAUGAUAAAUUGUUGUUUCGGAAUCAUGGAACUUUCUUGGACAAUCAACCGUCGCCGAUUCACAAAAUUUAUAAAGAACUGAUAGCUCGUCUGAUGAGAAGAAGAACAACGAACGACAUCAUUCUCGACUCCUCAUACUUCGCAAGAGAGUUCUUCCUUGUCAAAUCGUCAAUCUCGUUCCGAAUCACUCGUUCGUCGGAUAUUCCUUAUUGUUUCACGCCGCCAACACUGAGAUGUGGCUACUUUCCUAAUUCUGCUACUACUCGAAAAAGCAAGAAGUACUAUCUGGCGGAACGUUUCAAAGAAGCUCAAAUGGAGUAUUUGAAUCUUACGUUUCGGAAGAUCACCCCACCGAAAGGCUUCAAAUCUGGAACAAUCACUUCGACCGAGUUAUGGAAUUUCCACAAAAUUGGUAAACAUUUACAUGGAUUUUUUAUUGUUUGGACGAAUGGGAAGGCCAAGAGAUACUUGGUUGACAUGUUCAGUCACCAGCACUUCCCAUUGUUCGUCAAAUAUAAAAGCUGGGAAACUCGAUUGAAAAUGGCGUUCGACAGAGUAACAGCCUAUAAUCUAAACCUGGCUGAGAUUAUUCGGGCAAAUCGGCCAGUGUUCGAUUCGCUUUCUCAGAAUCCAUCUUUUCUGAAACCGAUUACUUUAGGAGAGAUUAUGUGCUCGAUGGCCGAACGAGAAAUGGAUCAAAAGUAUUACAUGACUAGUGUUGGCAAGCAGGAGUUUUAUGAUUAUGGACGAGGAACAACAAACGAAGAUUAUCUUUCUGCUUUCAUGAUCAUUUGUGGAGGAACAAAAGUUGCAAGACCCAUCUGGUCUUACAAUUUGGAGCGUCAUCAAGUCUUCAAAACAAAUGCUAUGGGGUCCGGAGUUUUGACUAAGGCAGGAAAGGUGUUCAUUCUCAAUACUCCAGACAAGUCCAAUGAGUUUUUGAUUCAUCUCGACGAUUUUGAGCUUGAUGUUUCUUCUGAAAUGAUUCAUGUUCGACCACUUUUGUCUGUUGAAGAAGCAAACACCACUCGAAUAAUUUCUGAUACACCGCAGAAAUCAGUACACCCCCAAAAGCCUAAAGCGAAGAAGGCAGUGAGAGAGAGGAGGACUCGCUUGACUCGAAUGCAAAUGCUGAAAUCACGGAAGGCUGUUGUUUCUGUUCCAGUGGAAAAGGAUCCAGUGGAGCAGCAAGAGGUGGUAAAGAAAAGAAAAAAACCAGGAAGAAAACCAAAAACACUUGUAAGCAAUGCCAACCAGACUCAUGAUUUUGAGACAGCUUACAUUGCUUCAGACAUCGAAUCGGAAUACGAAGGAUAUUUGAGUAGCGAAGACAUCUCCAACGAGCUCCGUCGUCCCAAACUGAAACGAUCGCAAUCCGCUGAAUCAUUCCUUCUUGACAUCAACUAUACGGAUUACUAUGUUAAUGGAUUGUCACUCAUCCAUGGACAAAAAAUUGAUUUUGUUGAUCAUCCUAGUGCAAAAACAAAACGGAGAAAGAUGAAGAGAAGAAUGAUGAAACAUUUGGGUCGCUACAGGCAACUUCAGAAGACAAAUCACGUUUAUGUGGAAUUGAUUCAUUGUCAUGAAGGCAACUUUCCAAACGGAAAAAAAGCAGUUGCCAAUACCAAGAGUGCAAUUCGGAACGGUACGUAUGCCAGACACAACCUUCCAGAAGUAUACAACAAGAUAUGGAAGCAGCGUGAGGUUGACGCUGCUUUUGAAACUCUGAAAGAUGUUAUUGCCUUGAUUGUUGAAGAAGAACUAAGGGAAACUACAAUCCAAAUCAGUUCGGCUCAAUUCGCCCAGCAAUGCUACACCCAACGCAUCGAAAAAAUAGAGAACCUCCCAGCUACAAGCUCCAUCCGUCUGCCAGAGCCUCCAUACUUGGCGAUGGAAAUGCUGUCUGGGAAAAAGCUGUCAGGACGAUUCAAUCUGGAGCAGGAAAGAGGCAAAUUAAAACGAGAAGUUGGCAUGGAAGUGAAGAAGUAUGAGUCGUUUUCACAGUGUCGGAAAGACUACCUUUUCGAGAUGGCAAUGAUUGAGCGGCAGAAGUCAGCGUUCCAUGCUCACUGGAAGUAUCUGAUGGAGCGAGAUGCUCAACUUGAUCGAUCUUUGAAAAUGUUGAAAUUCGAUAAACUAAGUAUUCGCGAGUUCAACCUGUCCGAAGAAGAAAGAAGGCUGGCAAGACUGCGUUCUAAUAAAAGAGUUGAUAUCCGAAUGGAACUGGUGAAGGCCAAUACACCGGAGAGCAAGUUGGAGCUAGAGCAGAAGGAGAAAGAAUGGAAGGAAGAAGACUUGGAAAGAAAAAGAAAAAAUGCUAUUGAAAAGCGUCUAGCUUCACAGGCGAGAAAAGAAGAAUCAACACCUUCAAGUCAAGAAUCGAUCGUGCUCGACUUUGAUCUCACUUCAAUGAACCUUUCAACUGCAAAUACUUGUUUCAGAUAA